AUGUCGUUUUCAUCUAAUUCAACCUUUAAGCACAAGAAAUAUAGUCCAACUAAAGCCACUGUUGAUAUUUCAAAACGUAAUCAGAGACAAGAACUUACUGUUACUAUUCCUGUAUCAACUGAAUGGAAGGAAGAAGAAAUUAUUUUGGAUAAUGCCAAUGUUGAUUUACAGGAUGUUAUUCGUGAUAAUGUGAAAAUAAAAGUUCGUGUUGGUCGUGGUAUUGUAGUUGGAGGAUUUCAGGGGUCAGAUGCUGCAGAUGUUGAAGCUGCAUAUAAACAAGAACUUGCUAAUCAUACUAGUGUUGAUAGUGAUGGUUCGUACAUUAUGAAAAUUAUGGGUUAUAUUACUGUUAGAUUUAAACAAUUACGUUCAUCUCCACUUGAAAUUGUUGAAGCAUAUAAUUUUACGGGUCAAACUGUUUCUCAUGAUAGUGUAAUUUCGUUAAAUGGAUUAGGUCAAUUUGUUCAAGACGGUGUUAGUGGGUUUGUUAUUGAACGUGGUGAUGGAGAAUCUUGGAGUGAUGCUCUAAAACGUUAUGGUUAUGAAAAUUUGCCUGUUGACACUUUCAUGACUAUUGGUUCUCUUGCUGAAGGAACGGGUAUUACUUCUUAUGUGUGUAACUUAGCUAAAAGAGGAGUUAAAAGUGUAAUUGGUCCUUUAGUUGAAAGUGCUCUUUCUGAUGCUAUACCUGGUUAUAAUACGGCUAAAGUGUUGGUAGGUUAUGCUUAUACUGGUAUUUCUGAGGGUAUGGAGUUUAUUGAUAAUAAUACAUAUUUGAGUGCUGGUCGAGAUGCAUUGGAAUCUGUUUUAAUUGGUGGUUUGAGGAAAGUUGCUGGUGAUGAAGUUGUUGAUUUUUUUAGUAAUGCUACUUCGUUAAUAUCUAAGACUAUAUCAUUAUUUAAUUAG